AAAUAAAUAUUUCACCUGCAGGAUGCCGGACGUCGUUUGGGUUUUCCUGCUGGCCCUAUGGCCAUUCACCUUUGGACUUUCAAUGAAACAAGGAUUACCAUCGAUGCGAGACAGCUUAACAAAUCCCGUUCAUGUCUACGAGGGCGACGAUGCGUUGAUUACGUGCGUCGUUAGGGACAUCGGUGAGAAUACGGUCAUGUGGAAGAAGGAGGACAGAGAGAGGCACAGUCGGAGGGUCCUUACAGCUGGAGAUAGCCGAGUCACAGCCGAUAGAAGAUACUCGGUUCUGCACGAUUCUGUGAGUUCCGAGGAGAAGGAUGUUCCUACUGGUGGUGAUGUUUGGGUGCUGGUCAUAAAAAACUCGAAACCCUCGGAUUCCGGCAUCUACGUCUGCGAAGUUAACAGCAAUCCCAUCGUGCGGAGCUUCCACAAACUUAGUGUACUCUCGAAAGCCCUUCUGCCGCCGGAGAAUGGGACCGAUGCGAAUGUUUACGAGGAUCAAAAGGCGUCCUCGUUCAACAGCAAAAACCAUAAUUACACGGACUGCUGCAUCUCGAAGAACGUGUCGUCGUCCUGUUUGGGAUUCUGUAACAUCCAGAGCAUCCUGGAAGGAAACACUGGCCAAGAUCCGGAGCACUGCGAGGCUGAUUUCCCGAACAUCGUGAGAUGCAUGGCAGAUGGCAGGAACCAUGUGCCCUGCUGCAUCCAGGAGAGGGUGCCGGAUAUCUGCCAGGACGUCUGCCGCGGAGAGUACACAGCGAUCACGGAUAACAUCAAAACGCACUUCUCCUGCUCGGCUUACACGGAACAAACUUUGGCCUGCAUCGUAGAAGGCAUUGAAUUGUUGCCGAAUCCGCCGCAGGACGUCGAGGUGGAGGCGCUUACGGAGAAAUCGUUGAGGGUGUCCUGGGCUCAUCCCGAUGCGAACACCGAGACCGUGACUGAAUACUCCAUAAACGUGACAUCGCUGAAAACGUUCGACGAGCGCUUAAUAGAACCAACCGAAUCGAACCCUUCGAGGUCGUCCGACUCGCACACGGUGCACGUGAACGUGCCUUCAACUCAGAACGAGACCGUGCUGAACGACCUGAGCCCUUUCACCAUGUACGAGGUGACGGUCUCCGCCCUCAACAUACACGGAUCCAGCCUUCCCUCCUACCGAGUUCGAAGCCUAACUCUAACUCCUGGAAAGAUAAAGCCUACGAUGGCUGGAACUUCGCCGAAGCUUCCAGACGUUAAGGGUUGCUGCAUGAAGAAGGGAAUCGGUCACAGGACUUGCGUGGAUAAACUUUGUGAUCCUUCAUUAGCUGAUACCGCUGAGAUCACUGAUUUGAUGAUAUGCGCUCCAUGGGCCGCAGACACCUUCAGUUGUCUUACCAAUGGCAUGGACCACACUCCGUGCUGUAAAGCUCGAGGACUCCCGGAGAUCUGCCAACAACUCUGCACUGGAAACGUUACAACCAUCGACUUCAAUUACUUCAAGUGCCUUCGGUAUAUGGGUGACUACACGAACUGCCUCCUCCAAGGAUACGGCGUCCUCCCCAGCACCCCGACCGGCGUCCACGUCACCAACAUCGAAACGGAAUUCGCUAUCCUACACUGGUCCGCACCCAGGACUCUAGGAGACACCGUCAUCCACUACAAUGUGCAUUUCAGGAUGUUCUCGGCGUUUGAUGAUGAAGACUACAAAUCCAUAGCCAAAGUGCACAGUCCGUACAUCCUGGAAGGACUCGAAAGCGAUACGGACUAUGAGUUUUACAUCGAAGCAGUGAACACGCACGGAGUUGGAGAGCCCAGCACGAGGAUCGCUUUCAGAACCAGCAGCAAGAUUUACGAAGCUAAAGUUGAGGAGGCAUCAAAUUACAAUGUGACAGCUUGCUGCGUUGAGGCCGAGUUGAGCAGCGUUUGCCUUCCGCUGUGCUCGUACGAUGCAAACAUGAGUGACAUCAAAACGUUGGCAGGAGUUUGCAGUCCGGAAUUCACGAAACUCCUCCGUUGCGGAGCUGGAGGAAGGAACCACGGAGCUUGCUGCACUAGGAGAGGAGUCCCAGCUUCCUGCGUCUCAUUGUGCAACGGAGUUAUGGUCGAUUCUUUGCUUGUUACAGCUACUACCUGCAUCCCUUAUAUCGGAAACAUAGCUCAAUGCUUUGAAGAAGGUACUGGACUUCUUCCUGGGCCUAUAUCUGAGCUGCAUGCAACAGUUAUCGAUGAUGAGAUAAUAGCUUUGGAGUGGGAACCUCCGACUGAUCCCAAUAAUGUUACGGAUUAUGUCAUUCACUACCAAAAGGUGGAUAAUACAUCAAUGCACGAGACUUUGUUGAAGCUUGAUAAACAGAUAAACACGACUGACACUUCUGCUAUACUUAAUAAUUUGGAUAGGAAUAGUAUUUAUCACAUCUUCGUAGUGGCUCGUAACGUGCAUGGAACGUCUCUGCCUUCAUCGAUUAUCAUGAUUAACGUUACUAAAUCAGAUGGGGAACUGGUGAGCGGAGUGACUUCGCCCCCGCACUCUUUGGCGGUAUCCACUCACAGUGCAACGUGGGUGACUAUCACCUGGCAGCCUCCAGAAUUCAGCCAUCCCUCGGAAUCGAUAACCUACAGGCUGUAUCAUAAAUCCACCACGGAUUCGGUUUUCCAAAUAACCAAUACCAGCGUGACGUCGCACACCAUUCAGAAUCUCCUUCCAAACACGCAGUACAUCGUUUACGUGACUGCCACAUCGAAGAAGGGACAGAGCAUGCCUUCCGAGACGCUAAUCGCCUGGACUGAUCCAGCUUAUCCGGCUUUCGUUGAGCCCCCGACAGUCCAUCCAAUAAAUCUGGUGAUCGAAGGGAGCAGCAUGACAAUACUUUGUAUCGCCAUGGGAACGCCGAUGCCGACGAUAUCUCUGUACAUCUCUGGACGUUUGGUGAGGCAGGAGAUCACCAGACACAUGGUCACUGUGAUCCAUAACGUAACGCGGGAUAUGGACCAAAUCUCUUGUUACGCCGACAACGGCUACGGCACCCCAAUGCAAGCAUCCAGGAAAAUUACAAUUAGUCAUGGUCCUCAUAUCCAAGCGAGUGGUAUAACUAUGGCAGCGCCCGGAGACUCAGUGACUUUGGAAUGCAAAGUUGAUGCACAACCAGGACCAAAAAUGAUUUUCUGGAAGAAUCACGAGGAGAGGAAACCGGUGAUACAAGGUGGAAAGUACGAUAUUUCUAUAAGCGCUUCUAAGGACGACGAGGAUAAAUACAUGAUGCAUUUGACGAUAAACAAUAUUGGGAACAUGGAUGUCGGGGAUUACUUCUGCCAUGCGGAAAAUGCAUUCGGAAGUGCCACGCAGCCCGUCUCCGUGCGCUUACGUAAUCUUGCAACGACACACAACGUUACACAGUGCUGCAUGGAGCAGAACGUGAGCUCUCAGUGCAUGGAUGCGUGCAGCUUUUACCUGGAUAUGGACGCCGUCAUCGACAAGGCGGAAUGCAUCAACGAUUUCGAUAAGCUGAUGAAGUGCGCCGCUGAUGGUUCAGAUCAUAGGAACUGCUGUGCUCAGAAGGGUGUGCCAAGAGGAUGUUUAGAUUGGUGCAGAGGUGGUCCAUUGAACGACAACAAGAACUGCGUCCUUUCUUACACUAAAUUGAUCAUGGGUUGCUUCCACGAAGGACGCGAUAAAUUGCCAGGACCACCUCAGAAUGUGCGUGUUGAGAAGCUGGACAUGCACAGCGCCAAGAUCGUCUGGGAUGAGCCUGUAAAGAAUCCUCACACCGUUGAGAUGUACCGAGUCUUCUGGAAAAUCAUGAACUCUGAUAUGAAGAGGUUACAGAAGGAUACUCCUAAUACUUAUAUUGAUAUCUCAGAUCUGCAACACGGAGAGACUUAUGAUUGCGUAAUCAAGGCUGGUAACAACAAGGGAACUUCCACUUUGUCUCAAGCUAUACAAUUCACCGUCGGCGCCGAGUACAUUACUUCAGCAGCAAACAGCGACGAUAGCUCUCACACCGGAGUUGCAUUUGCCAUAGUUUUGGCUUUGGUGGUAGUCGCUGGAGUCGUGGUAGGUGGAGUAUGGCUGGUCAAGACCAAGCAGAUGGGUGUCAAGAACCAAGGUGGUGUUGCCUUCGAAAACCCCAGUUACCUCCGUGAAGUCAACAUGGAUCACAUCCAGGUUCCACCAACUCAAGCCGAGUCAACUAACAUCCCGAACGGCACAGCAAAUGGUAUUGCCGUCUCCACAACUUCAGGAGGACACGGCUGGAAGCAGGAGUCCCUCCACGUCCCCGCUCAGCACGAAGUCAAUCCCACCCUCUACGAAGAACUGAAGUUAGGACAGGACGGAGCGGGCUUCAAGCGUUUGAAACCCUAGUAUGAGGCGAAUCCUGUCGGCCAGGAGUCCAGAUUCUAGAGAAAAACAAAGAAAAGAGAAAAAACCGUGUACAGUAGAGUAAUUUUAAUAUUAUACCUUAGG